CGUCCUUGUUUAAUUUUAAUGUUGGACCGGGAUCCGGUUUAAUUAUUAACCGGAAAAACAUAAAGCGUCGCGUAGGGUUUUCUGUUUAGCUCCUUCGUCUGUCUCUGCUCGGCUGCUGAAGAACUUCUCUUACGGAUUAAGGAUUUGACUCAGGCGAGAAAAGAAGCGGAGAUUCGAACCACAGCGGAAAAAAUGACGACAGUUGUUCCUACCUCCGAAGAAGAUCCUUCGCUCGCGAUCGUCCGUUUCACUUCCCAGCUUGCCUGGGCCGAUGCGGGUCCCGAGGCUGCAGAGCCACAAGUUUCCAGACUCUGCAGGGAGGCAGAGGAGUCUAUAGUAGCGGAACGGUGGCUCGAUUUGGCUACGUUAAUGGUAACUUCAGCUGACUUGGUAUCAUCCAAUAUCUCUGAGAAAGAUCUUGAGUGUGUCUACACCAUAAUUUGCAGCCUUGUCAAGAAUGUGAAUAGUCCUGAGGAAGUCCUUGAGAUGGUGAAAGUGAUAUCUUCCAAGGUUGUUCAACAGCCGAAUGACAAAGCUUCGUUGCGUUUGAAGAUCCUCUGCAACCUAUAUAAUCUGCUGGACCACUCAAACGCUCGUUUCCAAGUGUACAUGAAAGCUCUAGAACUGGCUGUGAAUGGUAAGGUCACUGAGUAUAUAGUGCCUUCGUUUAAGAAGAUCGACAGCUUCUUGAAAGAGUGGAGUAUUGACAUCAAAGAUCAGCGGGAACUAUUUCUCGCCAUUGCUAAUGUGCUACGAGAAAAUAAAAGCUUGGCGAAAGAAUCCCUCCAGUUUGUGACAAAAUAUUUGGCGACUUUCUCCAACGAGGAUACUCAGGUCCUGAGUGAAGCCAAGGAGGAAGCUGUACGAGCAGUUAUUGAAUUUGUCAAGGCUCCCAGUAUUUUUCAGUGUGAUUUAUUAGAGAUGCCGGCCGUUGCACAAUUGGAGAAGGAUCCUGAGAAUGCACCAGUUUACCAGCUACUGAAGAUCUUUCUUACUCAGAGGCUGGAUGCAUACAUGGAAUUCCAAAAUGCAAAUUCGGGAUUUCUGCAGACCCAUGGGCUUGUCGAGGAGGACUGUGUAGCGAAGAUGAGAUUGCUGUCGCUGGUGGAUUUGGCCUCAAAUGAAUCUGGCAAGAUACCUUAUGCCUCUAUCAAGAACACUCUACAGGUAACUGACGAGGAGAUUGAACUGUGGGUGGUGAAGGCAAUAACCGCAAAAUUGGUUGAUUGUAAGAUGGAUCAGAUGAACCAAGUUAUAAUUGUCAGGCAAGAGAAUAUUGGGAAUGUCAUCAGCACAAUUCAAGCAAACAAGGUAACAGAGGAAGGUACUAAUCAAUCAUCAGCAACUCAGGGAUUGCCUGUCCGCUGAAGCUCUCAAUUUUAAAGACCGAUUUUUGUCAUCGCAAAAGCCGUUUAUUGUAUUCUCUGGAGAGAUUAUUUUUCACCGUUGGAUCUUUUGAUUAGGCUUCUUUCUUUGUCUUGGUCUCUCUAUUUGUCACUUAAGUUAUGCGGAGGAGACUUUGUAUACAUUUUUCUCUUAAGGAGUUUUCUUCUGCCGAGCCUCUCACACGUUUCAGCCGAACUCCAAAGGUCCAUCUUUGCUUCAUCUACUGACCUCUACGUAUGCUUUUGC